GUGCUCUCCGCGGCCGAAUUGAAUGAAAAUAAAUUUCUGAAAUCAAGUGUAAAAAUUUGCAUAGUGUAUACCGCUUAUAUAUAAAUAUAUAUAGAGCAGAGCCAACCAAACCUAGCCAGAUAGCUACACCUCACCGGUAUCUUUUUUUUGUGAAUCCAAACCAAACAAAAAACAACUUAAGAUGGCAUCCACAGCCCCAGCACUUAAGGAUCUGCCCAAGGUGGCCGAGAACCUGAAGAGCCAAUUGGAGGGUUUCAACACGGAGAAACUGAAGAAUGCCAGCACCCAGGAGAAGAUAAUUUUGCCCACAGCCGAGGAUGUGGCUGCCGAGAAGACCCAACAAUCGAUCUUCGAGGGCAUCACUGCAUUCGAUCAGAACAACUUGAAGCACACCGAGACCAACGAGAAGAACCCGUUGCCCGAUAAGGAAGCUAUUGAACAGGAGAAGGAGAAGAAUCAAUUCAUAGCCGGCAUCGAGAAUUUCGAUGCGAAAAAGUUGAAGCACACCGAGACCAACGAGAAGAACGUGCUGCCUACCAAGGAGGUCAUCGAGGCCGAGAAGAAGGCCUAAGCCAAAAUGGCAGGCGCAUCCAGCAUUGCCAACUACGUUGCAUCUCUCUUAAGCGCAUACAAAAACACACACACUCUCACACUCACACACACACACUAUACGUAUAUAUGUUUUUUUUUCCUUUUUCCAUUUGCUAAAACCAUCAAAACGAACAUUCAGUUCAGGCUAACGUACAUACGAGUAAUAGAAGGAGAACCCACGAAGCACAGACUCAAGCCGCCUCAUUCGCCGCCAUCCAUCAGAAAAGCUCCACAAUAACUUGAACAAUUACCGGAAUGGCAUUGCCAGUCAUUGCAGCGAUGGUUGGUGGGGGGAGAGAGAAAGAGAGAGCGAGAGAGAGAGAGAGAGAGAGAGCUUGCAACACAGAUCGUGAGACUGUUACUGUACCACAUCCAAUAAAUUAUUGUCUGCCUGCUUGAAAAAGUA